AAGCACAAUUGUUGUGAUUUUACCUUAACAGAGACCAAACCUCUCCAGGAGAAGAAAAUAAACAAUUGUUGCAUCAUUCUUCAAAUCGGUUCAGUUCGCACGGGAGUAUUUUUUGAUUCUUCGGUCCAAUUCUUAAUUCCAAUUAAACUCUCCGCCGCUCCGUUUUGGUCAUCGCCGCCCAAAUACAAAAAUCCCAAAUUAAUUUUCAUACUGUUUUUUAUCUGAUAUUGAAUAAGACCAAAAUCGCCGACUACCCGUUAAAAAUUUAUUCCCUUUUCCCUUUUUGCGAAAGAAUCAUCGUCACCGAUCUUCACAACUCGAACAUAGUUCUUUCCGUUUCAGGCAAGUCACCCUCCUCCCUCUGUUACCUAUAUACUUAGGAAGCCUAAAGACGUUGCUUGAACUGCUAUAGAACAUUGAUGUCAAGUUCAAAUAUAUCUACUUUGAUGUUGCCACCAGAAUCCUCAAAAGAGAAACACAUGGCAAAUGCAAAUACUGACUUGCCUCAACCUUAUUUACAUCAAGUGCAAAGCUCAUCACAAGGCCCUGUGGCUAUAUUCUGGGACAUUGAGAACUGUCCAGUGCCAAGUGAUGUCCGCCCACAAGAUGUAGCUGGUAAUAUUAGGAUGGCUUUGCGUGUCCAUCCUGUAAUUGAUGGAGUUGUCACAACAUUCUCUGCAUAUGGGGAUUUCAAUGCAUUUCCCAGACGACUACGGGAAGGGUGUCAGAGAACAGGCGUCAAACUCAUAGACGUUCCUAAUGGAAGGAAAGAUGCAGCUGACAAGGCAAUUUUGAUUGACAUGUUCCUUUUUGCUCUUGACAAUUGUCCACCCUCAUCUAUCUUGCUCAUCUCUGGGGAUGUUGAUUUUGCUCCUGCUCUCCAUGUUUUAGGCCAGCGUGGAUAUACUAUCAUCCUUGUCAUUCCUUAUAGGGCGAGUGUUUCAUCUGCUCUGAGUAAUGCAGGCCAGUUUGUCUGGGACUGGCCAAGUGUGGCUCGUGGGGAAGGAUUUGUGCCGUCUGCUAAGGUUUUACUUCCUUCUUAUGUAGUUCCGACAAAUAUUCCUGGGUUUUUAACGGGAUGCGAGGUAACUGACAACUUAGAUUGUCAAAAUGAAGAAGAAGCAAUAGUGUAUAGAGGGAUCUCAAAAGGCUGUUGCAAUAAAAGGGAUCUCUCAUUGCUCUCAAGGUCUCCGACUGAAUAUAAUAGUAGUUCAAUAUCCAUGCCCUAUUAUCCUUCGUCUUCCAGAUCACACGGCCUCCCAUCUGGGUUGAAUGAAGUUUCAGCAAAAACUCUUACUUCAUGUGACCAGAAUGACUUCAUGUGGGUACAACCUGGAGAUCUGAAUGGUUUAAAGGGCCAACUGGUAAAGUUGCUUGAAUUAUCAGGUGGGUGUAUGCCUCUAAUCUGUCUUUCUUCAGAAUACCAGAAAAUCUAUGGGAGGCCUUUGUAUGUGUCUGAAUAUGGAGCACUUAAGCUUGUAGAUCUUCUGGAGAAGAUGGGUGAUGCAAUGGCUAUUGAAAUAAGAGGCUCAAGGAAGCUUGUCUACCUCCAUAACUCUAAAGCCAUAUCUGGUGCCCAUCCCUUAAUUUUGGCGAAGAGGGAUAAGAAAGGAAAAGAAGCUCAAGAUCCCAUUGAUGUUGUUGCAGGUGCUGAAUCUUCUGAUGAACCCUCAGAUGAUGAGAGGGUGGUUAUAGGGGAACAUGAUGACAAAAGAGAAAUAGAGAAAUAUAAUUUAGAGAGCCUCAACCUCUUCAAACAUGAGCUUCAAGAGAUUUUGGUAAGCUACUAUUGUCGCAUUUCUCUUGGUUGUUUCGAGGUGAUCUACCAGCAGAAAUACAAAAGACCAAUCAAUUAUCAAAGCUUUGGCGUGAAUGAUUUGGAGGAGCUUUUGGACAAAGUAAGAGACAUUGUUGUGUUGCAAGAGGAACCAGUAAGUAAAAGGAAGUUUCUGGUCGCUGUCUGUGGCUAGAAGAGUUUACUUUCCGCUUUUGGAAUUAUAUUGUGUUGGUGAAGAUGUUACGAGGUAUGCUGCUUGCUGCCUCAUUCUUAAUUUGUUCCCUUUUAGUUCAUAAAUAGGAUGCGUCAAUGUGAAGGACGUUUCUGUUCUUUAUUUUGUCUAACUUAGGCUCGUUGGUUAAUCUCAAGAUUGUUCAUGUAACACUCAUUUCAUAGUGGCUGAAUCUGAUCAACCAAAAAUCUGUCUUAACAUAACAUCAUCAAUCUAUUCUUUUAUAAUUGUUGUUUA